CUGCAGCCCGCAGCCGCCAACAUUUUCAACUCGAGCCUCACUCAAUUGCACGCAGUUAACCCCACCACCCCCCACUACACCCCCCCACCACGACCACCACCAGCACCAGCAAGAUGCGCCACCCAAUCCAGCGCCUGCACGUCUGCGCCGCGACGGCGCGCCUAUACACUGGUACAUCCAAUGCUUUGCACGUAUUCUCGAGCGCCAGCGGCGAAAACCUCGGCUCGUGGACUGCUGCGCCGGGGAAUAUCACCACCGUCGCUGUCGUCGCCAACGAGGACGAGGGACCAAAGAAGAAACGCAAGGUCGAGGGGGACGGGGACGGACAGGGACAGGGGAAGGGGAAGGGGAAGGACGGCAAGGGCAAAGAGGGCAAGGAGAAGAAGAAGAAGGAGGGCGGCGGAAAGCCGAGUCUCAACGCCAUUACCAAGAUCCUGACCGUGAAGAGCGGAGAGUUCGUGCUUGUUGCGACGAACGAUGAUAAGGCUGUCACGGUGUUGAGGGCUGAGGGGCUGGAGGUGAUGAGUGUUAGACAUCUUCCGAAACGAGUCGUCGACCUCGCGUUCGUCGAGCGCACUGAGACGAUCCUGUGCGCGGACAAGUUCGGUGACGUUUUCGGGAUUCCGCUGUUCGCGUCCGACAGCGGCGAAGAGCCGUCACAGGCUGCGACUACUACUACUACUGCCGCCCCCGCGGCCACCACUACCACCGCCGAUGUCGAGAUGGCAAAUACCGAGAAAGUCUACGAGAGCGAAGAACAGAAGGCGCGGCACCUGGAAAAGGCACGGCUCAACUCUGAGCGGGAAGCGGUCGCAGCGGAACGGCGGAAGCGGCUGCACGUCGACUACAACAUACCAUUCGCGCACGACUUCGUGCUGGGGCACGUAUCGAUGCUGCUGUCUUUGCUGACGAUCACGCUCCCGGCCUCGCACCCGGCCGCCGGCGGGAAGGAGAAGACGUGGGUGCUUACGAGCGACCGCGACGAGCAUAUCCGGGUCACGCGAUACCCGCAGAGCUACGUGAUCGAGGGGUUCUGUCUCGGGCACACGCAGUUCGUGAAGACGCUGCACGCGCCGAGCUGGGACCUGACGUCGCUGAUCUCCGGCGGCGGCGACGAGUACCUGCUCGUGUGGAACUGGCGGGAGCGGCGCGCGCUGCAGAAGGUCGACCUCGUGGCGCCGGUGCAGGCGGUGCUCGGCGCCGACGCGAAGAUCUUCGUGCCCAAGACUGCCGAUAAGGGAGAGGCCGAGGCCGAGGACGCCGACGCCUCGUUCAAGUUCGCCGUUAGCGGCUUGUGGGAGGUCCCGGAAAUCCGCGGGAUCCUCGUCGGCAUAGAGAGCGUCCCCGCGCUGUUCCUGUUCUCGUGGACGCCCGAGGGGCUGCAGUACACGUCGACGCUCUCGCUGCCAGGGAACUUCCUCGACGCCGCCGUCAGCCCGGCGGAAAGUAAAGUGUACGUGUCGGUGGAUCCGCUCGGGGAUCCGCUCGACGGCGCCACGCCGCUGCUGGCAAUUUACAACCUCACCGCGGAGGGUGUGUGGACGCCGACGCCGACGGCGACCACGGAGGCUGCCACCAUCGAACAGGCCGUGGUGCAGGCCGUAGACGUCAGCGAGGAAGUCCUGGCCGCCGUGAAACCGACCGUGAUGUACUCGGUCGCUAGUCUGAGGAAGGAGUACGGCAUCAGGGGCGCCGAGGACAGGGAGGCGUAGGUAAUGGUUCGGAUUGAUUGCAUGAUGUGGCUAUGUAUGCAUACUGGCGAGAAGGAAUCUGGGGACUCGGGGGAAAGGCGAGAUGCGCACUAGUACCUGCGUGCGUGUGUAGCUUGGGAUGGGGAUGGGAUGGGGAUGGGAAUGGGAACGGGAAUGUAGUAUUUUGCGGGCUUAUACAAGUAGUACUAGGUACGGCACGCGGUAGAUGGGAAUGGAGGUUCUCGAGCUCGCGACGACGAUGAUGACGAUGCGGGAUGCAUUGCCACCUCUGAUUUAUAGUCCGCUC